GCUGCGUGCUGCCUGGAGCCGCCAUUUUUAUGAGAGAUACACACGAUGCAGUGAAACAGAAAGUAACUUAAUAUACCUCAAGUGAAAAUUAGUUUUAAAGUCUUUUUGUUUAAAACCAAAAAAUAUUUAUUUUGUUUCAAACCCGAUUUCGAAAAAUAAAUAAGGAAUGUAUUGUAAAUUUUUGAAGCGUGCAACGGCCAUUUGUAAAUUGUGUUGAAUUGCUACAUUUCGAUCAGUCAACAUCGUGAUCACGUUAAUUCUUGAACUGUUACAAUUUUUAUUCACGAACGGAUUUAAUUAGUUUGCAUAAAUAAAUUUUGAAUCAGUCGGGAGAAAUAAUAAACUUUGAUUUUAUUUGUGCAACACUUAACCUACAAAACUGAAGCGCAAAAUGUCUGAAAGUUGGGACAACGACGGCGAUAAUUCGAAGAAAAGCCGAACUUAUUCACGAGAAUUCACAAAUCAAUCUCGUUAUAAUGACAGAAGAGAUCAAGGAGGUCGAUUCCAGGGACGGGGAAGACGAGACAAUGAUAAUAGCAAUUACGGUCGUCAAAAUCAGUCAAGGAAUUACAAUCAAAGUGACAAUUCAAAUAGACAACAGUACGAUCGCAACUCGCAAUAUAAUUCUGAAAGUAAUUUCAGUCAUUCGAAGCAGUCUAAUAAAUCAGACGACACAGAUGACCUUAUUUUACAAAUCCAAACAUUCAGAAUUGGAAAGCUUAUUGGCAGAGGCGGUUCUACUGUAAAAGAUCUUCAAAGUCAAAGCGGAUGUCGAAUUUCGAUUGACAGUGACAGGUCCAGCGAAACAGUAUCUGUGACAUUGACCGGCGACGUAGAUGCACAACAAAAUGCAAAGCAACUUAUUAAUGAUCUCAUGAACACUGGAAUGGACCCUCCUCAAGGUCGUGCUCAAAGAAGUUACAAUCAACCAUCACGAAGACCCAGGUCACGAUCAUCAUCGAAAUCGCCACAAUUCAGAUCAUCAAAUCAUUCUCCUCAGCGUGGAUCAAAUUAUUCAUCAAAAAGUUAUGAAAGAAAUUCUGGCGAUCGUUAUCAAUCGAAUCAAUCUCGAAACAAUUACAAUACGAAACGAUUUGAUUCCGAUAAUUAUCAGAAUUCAAGACGGCCCGAUUCGGAUAAUUAUCAAAGUUCGCAACAACAAAACCAAAGAUCAAAAUCACCUGAAAAAAACCAAAGUUCGCAGCAGGACUCGAACGAAAUUGAUUUCUCAACUUUCGACUGGUCGAAAGCUAAUGAACUCUUUGAAAAAGCGCAAAAAGAGAGGUGGGCAAAAUUACCGCCUUUGAAAAAAUAUUUUUACAAAGAGGAUUCGAAAGUCGCAAACAUGACAAAAGAAGAAGUUGAGGAGUUUAGGAGAUCAAAUAACAAUAUUGAGGCUAAACUUAUGUUUGAUAACGAUGUUGAAGUAGAGGGUUUAAAAGUUCCAAAUCCUGUAACUACUUUCGAACAGGCUUUUCAAGAAUACCCAGAUAUUUUGGAAGAAAUUUACAAGCAAGGUUUUGAGAAACCCAGUCCAAUUCAAGCUCAAUCGUGGCCAGUUCUUAUGAGUGGCAUGGAUUUAAUUGGAAUAGCCCAAACAGGAACAGGAAAAACUCUUGCCUUCUUACUACCGGCUUUAAUACACAUCGAUGGCCAGAAUACUCCACGGAAUGAAAGACCAGGACCAAACGUUCUUGUUUUGGCACCGACUCGAGAAUUAGCUCAACAGAUCGAGAAAGAAGUCGGCAAAUAUUCAUAUCGAGGAAUUAAAGCGGUUUGUGUGUAUGGAGGGGGCAGCAGAAAAGACCAAAUUAACAUGGUUUCGGGAGGUGUUCAAAUCGUUAUUGCAACUCCGGGAAGAUUAAAUGAUUUAGUUCAAGCUGAUAUCCUAAAAGUUGAGUCCGUAACGUACCUGAUUCUUGAUGAAGCUGAUCGCAUGUUGGAUAUGGGCUUCGAACCUCAAAUUCGAAAAACUUUACUAGAUGUAAGGCCGGACAGACAAACUGUCAUGACUAGCGCGACUUGGCCUUCGGGAGUAAGGAGACUGGCACAAUCGUACAUGAAGAAUCCAGUCCAAGUUUGUAUAGGAACUCUAGACUUAGAAGCAACGCAAACUGUUACGCAAACGGUUGUUAUGACCACUGAAGAAGAAAAGCAGAGUAUUUUGCAGGACAUUUUCCUUAAAAUGGGACCUGAUGAAAAAGUAAUGGUGUUUUUCGGAAGGAAAACAACUGUUGACGCAAUUUCAAGUGACUUAGCACUCAGUGGUGUAACAGUCCAAAGUAUUCACGGUGGUCGGGAGCAAAGUGACCGGGAACAGGCACUUGAAGAUUUGAGAACUGGCGAGGUUCGAAUUCUUUUAGCAACGGACGUUGCUAGUCGAGGAAUCGACAUUGAGGACAUUACUUGUGUUGUUAACUACGAUUUUCCUCGUGAUAUAGAAGAUUAUGUCCAUCGUGUUGGUCGUACAGGUCGAGCUGGAAGAACCGGCGAAAGUAUAACUUUAAUGACCCGAAGCGACUGGUCACAUGCUAAGGAUCUAAUUAAUCUUUUGGAAAAAGCCUGUCAAGAGGUACCUCAAGACCUGUAUGAAAUGGCGGAGAGAUACAGUGUCUGGGAAGAGAAGAAAAAUCAAGAAAGAGAACGAGAUAGAAGGGAUGCUGGUGGUAGAGGAGGCCGAGGUGGCAGAGGUCGUGGUGGACGAAGAGGCGGUGGAAACAGAUGGGGCAAUAGCGAUUAUUAAAAUCUAACUUCAAAUUAGAUAAUAAUAUAUAAAAACUUAUAAAAUUUAAUUUACGUUAUGAAAAAAGAAUUAUAAAACAAACGAGAAUUCCACGGUUUUUGAAAAACUGUGCAAUAUUAUCAUAGACAGUACGAGACUUUCAAAUAAUAGAAAUACGGUCAAUUUAAGAGACACGUAUUAUUUUAUUUUUAAUUCGAAGAGACUGAUAAAUAUAUAAAUAGCAAAAAAGGAAUGCUAAAAUUUAAUUAUAAAUCGGGUAUUAAAACCAUUUACUUCCUACGGAUUUUUUUUAUAUAUUGUUAUUGUUCUUUAGAUUAUUAUCGUUUUAGAGGCGAUUAUCAGUAUUAAACGCCUGGUACAAAGGAACGUCCUUCCAAAUAAUGACAUGUUUAGUUUUGUUCCCUUAUUUUUUUUCUGCAUUUAAUUAAAAAAAUAUUCUUCUAAUGUAAAUCCUAAAUUAUUUUUUUAUGACGUAAUGUAUAAAAGUGUAAAAUGAUAGGUAAAAAUAAUUGUCACUUUUUUAUACAAUGAUUUUUUUGGGCUUUAAGCAAGGAAAUUAUCUCAAAAUCUUAAGUAUUGUAGGUCUUAUAUUAGAGGAAUAAAAAUGUGAUUACUUUUUCUACAAAA